GAAUUGUGAACAGAUAUAAUGGGUGUGUUCAGGAGGCAAACUAUUGCACAACUAUUGAUAGCAAUCGAACAUGAUUGGUUCUUAUUUCUAUAAUCUUAACAAAUCAACAUCGAGUGUUAACAAGACGAUGCUCAAUGAUUGUGUCUCCUGGAACGGAUUCAUUUGUAUUAAGAUCGGCGCAUAAUCAAAAUGUGGGCCGAGAUUGUUGCUUAGCAACCGUUUGAAAGAUGCAACAAAAUCUAAAAAUUACAGAUACAUAUACAUAUCUAAUUUUAAUUUUCACAUUCUACGAUACUUUUUUACGAUACAUAAAUGAUAAAUGAGUUCCUUAAAUACGAGGCAAUAUACGGCGAUUGUGAUCUUGCAAUAUAUUAUAUUGCUUUUUGACAUUUGUGUAAAUUCAUUCGCAAGCUUUGCCAGACAGCAUCCGACAGAUUUGUUGGUACUUUAUGUGAUUCAAGAUUUUUGCCUUAUUGUAGCCCUUACUCUUCUCUUGGUGAACUUCUUUUCUACCUAUAUUUUUCAGGCAGGUUUGAUACAAUUGUUAUAUACAAGAUUCCGCAUGACAUUAAUAUUGUGUAUAAUAUAUAUGAUAUUAUCAAUCAGUUUACAUACAUGGCAUAUUACUAUACAUUGGUCAGCACCAUUAAAACAUUAUUGGACAAAAGGAUUUCAUAUUCUUUAUUCUAUACACAGGACAGUUGCAGUGUUGUACUAUUACUUCUAUAAGAGAGCCUCUUUGAGAAUUGGGGAUCCGAGAUUUUACAAAGGCUCUGUCUGGGUACAAAAGCAAUUGAGUAUACCAUAACUAUUUAAGUAAAAAUUUGAAUGAUAUAUAUAGAUUAUAAAGUGUGUGCAAUCUCAGUAAUAUAAAAGUAGGAAUACAUUGGUUUAUAUUUCAAAUUUACAUUACAUUAAUUUUAAACUACUUAUGUAGCUACCUUUGUAUUUAUAUAAAUUCAUAUAAUUAUAUUACAUAGAUAAAACAAUGAAAUUGGCACACUAUUUAUAUAUGUCAAAAUAUAUCUAAAUUAUGUUUGUGUAUCAUACAUAUACAAUUUACAUUUUUAUAUACUAUGUAAAAAAUUUCUAUUAUAAAGUGUCUUUAUACAUUUUUAUCUUUAAAAUCACGAGAAGAAGACAAAUUUAUAUAUUAUUGAAAAAUAAUUAUAUCUAUAUACAUUAUACACAUUAAUGAAAAAUUAAUAUAUCAUUAUUCUGUGAGAGAUAUUUCCUAUACUAAUUUUUACAAGUGCUAUUUUCUAAUGUGUGUGCGUGUAUGUACAUAUAUAUCCAUUCGUUAAAAUGUAUAAUAUCUUAAUACCAAAUCACUUGUAGACUUUAUAAUAUGUAAUUGUGAUUUCUAAUUUACAUCCCGAAAUGUACAAUUUCUUGUUAAUAAGAAUAUCCAAUUGCCUUUUUAAGGAAAUAAGGAAAAAUAUAAAUUUGUUGAGAGAGAGAGAGAGAGAGA